AUGUUCGGUGCUCAAAUUGGUAGUCCACGUAGAAACGGUAAAGGACAAAUUGAUAUAUGGAUGCGACAAGAUGGUAAGAAUGUGCCUGACUCAAAUGGUAUACAAUCAGUCGAUCAUGGAAGUACAUCGGUUUUUAUUUAUGCAGCACUUUUUCAGGCCCCUGCCAAUUAUAAAUUUGAAAUAGUUUACUCAUCCCACGUAGACGAAGAAUGUACCCGUAUCGGCUUGACUGCUACUCAGCCAGAAAAGGAACCCUUAGUUCCCAGUGUUAUACUCACCAUUAUCCAGCUCAGCGACGGUACUAACACAAUUCCUUAUGCACAACUAUUCAGCACGGGAACUCAAUUGGGUAACUCGGAUCCAGAGGUAGUUAUACUCGAUGGUGUUAGUGCAGCCAAUAGAAUAGAUAUAGCAACGACUGAAGAUCAUGGAACCAUCAAGUAUAGUGAAGCAGGUGUUUAUUUUAUGUUAGCAAGUGCCGAGGUUGAAAGUACUGAAGGUACUCAUGCACCGGGUGAAGUUCAUUUAUGGAUGCGACUCAAUGGAAAAGACAUACCUAACAGUGACACAAUUCAAACUAUCCACAAUGGUAGUGCAGCAAUUCUAAUCUGUCAGACAGUUACUAAACUUGAAACUAACGAUAAAGUUCAGUUGAUGUUCUCAACUACAAAUAAGGAACUGGGUAUAACUGUCUUGAAGCCGAAGAGCGAGCCGACAGUCGUUGGUAUGCAGUUUUCAACAUUUCGAUUGUCGAACGACGAAAACCUAAUUGCAUAUGCACAGCUGUCUAGUUCACAAUCGCAAUGGGGCUGUAUAUCUUCGAAGACAGUUAAACUUGAUAACAAUGAUGGUUCACAUCAUAUCAAAAAUAAUAAUGGUAUCAUGGAGUUCGAAGAGCCAGGAACUUACUUUGUGAUGGCUUCUGCUCAAGUUGGAAGUGAUAAUGAAGAUGGUAUUGGUGAUGUACACUUGUGGAUGAAGCUAAAUGGAAAGGAUAUGGCAAAUUCGAAUACCAUUCAAACGGUAAAUAAAGAUACUUCCGUCUUAAUUUGUCAAACUGCCAUCGUAAUCAAAGCUGGCGAUAAACUCCAAAUGGUAUUUUCUGCAGAUGUAUCAGAAGGUACACUCGGCUUAGUUGCCUCCAAACCGCGUAAGGAGUCAGCUGUACCCAGUAUGAUCCUGAGUGUUUUCAAAUCAAGCUAUUUAAAACACGAUUAA